GCGAGCGACGCGGACGCACAUGCAGCUAUAUGUACAUAUAGCCAGAAUCGGGGAAAAUCGAGGCAGACAGAAAAUCGAAGCACAUUAUGUAUAGCAGACGCAAUUGAAAUUAAUUUACGCGUCGCUGCCCAUCUGCAUAAGUUCAAUGGAAGCAGAGGCAAAAGCCGGAGCAAAAGCAGUCCGAACGGAAAAAUGUGAAGAAAGUGCAACGAAAUCAAAUUAGAAAAACAAAAACCGAGAAGUGCGCCUAACAACAAUAAAACAAUCAUCGCGUGUUCGUUUAUAUGUUAAUGAAAGGUUAAUUAAGAGGACUGCAAUUAUUCCGCGAUACAAUUGGAUUGCGAAUACCUAAAAACAUUGUUGUUUGAUUAUGUGUUUUCAUUCAUAAAGUUUGUUCUGUGUUCAAUUUGACGUCGCAUCACCUCGGUUCUCGAGCAGAAACCAAAAUCUUUGUAUACUAUAACCGCAAAUAGAAAAGUAGGCGGAGCUUAAAAAAUCCAAAAUCGAAGAAAGAACAACUGAAGAACUUGCAGUCAACAGAGUAUUUUACUAAUCAGAAAUAUUGAGAAAUCAGCGAAAACAUGACACUCUUGCCAGAUAUCAAGGCUUCGGACGCCGCCUGCUGUGUCGGUGGUGCAAAUAGUGAUGCAAGCAGCAGUUCCGGGGGCAGCCACAAAGGUCAUCAUGAUAGCCACGACAGCGGUUGCCUGGGCAUCAACUGUUGCACCACCGCCGCCAGCUCGGAGCUGUCCAUCGAUGAGACCUCUUCGACCUCGUCCAGAGGGUCCUCAGAGCUGACCACCAAGGUGACGAACGAUCUGAACGGAUUCCAAAAGCCAAACUAUCACCAGGCGGUGGCUCAUGCCAAUUUCGACCACUGCGAUCCAGUGGACAUCGAGUUCUCCGACGUGCGAUACACUGUGAGAAAGUUCUCUUUUCCAGAAAGAAAAUUUGUUACCAAGGAAAUCCUCCAUGGUCUCAAUGGCAGCUUUCGUUCAGGCGAACUCACUGCCAUUAUGGGUCCUUCCGGAGCCGGCAAAAGUACGCUUUUGAAUGUGAUGUCCGGUUUUAGUUCCACUGGAGUGUCGGGCAAUAUACGAGUGAAUGGAAAGCCAAUGUCGCCCAGCUCGGAGAGAUUCCGCCAGAUGCUCUGCUAUAUCCACCAGGACGAUCUCCUGCGACCCCAACUCAUGGUGGGGGAGAUAAUGCUUCUGGCGGCCCAUCUGAAGUUGGGCUUCAAGGUCACCAAGGCGUACAAAAUGGAUCUGAUCAAACACAUCUUAUCGCUGCUGGGUCUGGAUCAUCGCUAUAAUGUGCCCACGGGAAAGCUUUCCGGAGGACAGAAGAAGCGACUCGCCAUUGCCCUGGAGCUGAUAAGUAAUCCUCCCGUACUAUAUCUGGACGAGCCGACGACUGGCUUGGACAGCUCCUCGUGCAGUUCCUGCGUGGCUCUGCUGAAGAAACUCGCCUCGCAGGGCCACACGAUAGUGUGUACGAUCCACCAGCCGAGUGCCCUGAUCUUCGAGAUGUUCGACAAGCUCUACACCGUGGUGGAUGGCCACUGCAUGUACCAGGGUCCUGUCAGGGAGUUGGUUCCCUUCCUCGCCGACCAGCAGCUCGUCUGCCCGAGUUAUCACAACCCGGCGGACUAUCUGCUGGAAGUGGCCGUGGGCGAGCAUCAACGUGAUCUGAAUGAACUAAUCCACGCGGCCAAUAAAAAGUAUUACGAGGAUGUCGAUCGCUAUCGCUAUAUGAGCAGUGCCGAUAUGACUCGCCUCGUGGCAACAAUUACAGACAAGAUUGGCGGCAAGACGCUGGGAAAGUCAGUUGCGCUGUCGCAAUUCUCCAGCUACGAUUAUGUGAAAGCGUCGCCGCAGGAAUUGGCUCUGGAGGAGAUCAAGGCACUCAGCGGUCCCACGGAGCCGGUGGACCAAGAUCACCUGGAGAAAAACCAACUGCAGCAGCCACUUGCCAACGAAAAAGAGCUUGCCAAGCCGUCGAAUGCCACCAGAUCGGCCUCGUUCCUCAUGCAAUACCUCCUCCUGAUGCAGCGCAUCUUGAUCUGUGCCAAACGCAGCUACUUUUUGCUGCUGGCCCGCAUAUUCUCGCACAUUUUCAUUGGAGUCGUCUUUGGAUAUCUGUACAUGAACGUGGGCAACAAUGCCCAGAGUGUGCUGGGCAAUUACGUCUAUCUCUACGGCUCCACUCUGCUCUUGGUCUACACCGGCAAAAUGGCUGUGGUCUUGACAUUUCCGCUCGAAAUUGACAUGCUGACACGGGAGCACUUCAACCGCUGGUACAAACUGGGUCCCUACUUCCUCUCGCUGAUCUCCUUCGAAAUACCCUUCCAGAGUCUCUGUACCGCCAUGUACAUUGUCAUCAGCGUACACCUCACUGGCAACGAUGUGGUGGAUUCAUUCCGGAUCUACUACUUCAUGCUGCUGGGAAUAAUGGCCUCAUUAAGUGCCCAGGCCUGGGGCUUUUUCGUGGGAGCCACGCUGCCGACUAAGCUUGCCGUUUUUCUGGGACCCAUUCUGGCUGUGAUGUUCUCCGUGUUCGGAUUCUGCACACGCUAUAUUGACAUAACGCCCCUUUUCCGAUGGAUGUGGCACCUGAGUUACUUCCGAGCCGGAUUCCACGGGGCACUGAACGCCAUCUACGGCAUGGAUCGACCCUUCCUGGAGUGCCCCGAGACGGCGAUGUACUGCCACUUCCGCAGCCCGAAGGUCUUCCUCAAGUACAUGAUGAUCUCGGACGUGCACAUGUCCGACUGCCUCAUCCUGAUGGGAACCGUGAUCGGGGUCAUGCACGUCCUGACCCUCAUCACAUUGUGGCACAAGCUCAACAGACGAUAGGAUACCUGGGAUAUUCUACUCGAGGUUUUAAUCCUUCUGUAAAUAAUCGGGUGUCUUUUAAUCUCUAGUUUUAAGAUCGACACUGAAUUUAUAAAAUUUCCUUUUAUUUUUUUAAUUGAUUGACCCAUCCGAAGUUAGCUAAGGUAUUUAUUUAUGUAAUCUCUGAAACAUUGUACGCAAGAAGGCUUUAGGGUAGUUUACUCCAGUUUAAGUGCUGAUAUACCAAAAACAAGAAGGAAACGUAACACAAACACACAAUUUUAACCCCCAGUUAUCAUCUUGCCUAGUAAACUUCAUCAACUGAGCUGGGUUCCCGAUCCCGCGGAGAAUUCCAGCUAUGCCAAAUCUUGAAUAUUCAUCCAUACGUUUAUAAGUCCGCAACAAAGAUACAUUUGUGAUCAACAUUUUGUUUUGUCUCCUUAGUUUUAGUUUUAGUGCUAAGUUCGAAUUAUUUCAAUGUGGAACAUAAUGUUUAGUUCGUGUAGCAAAUGCUUUAGUUUUUGAUUAUCUUGAUUUCGUAAUAAAUUGUCUGGUUAAAUUGAUUACUUA